GGCAGUAUCCUCCAAUUUAAAACCAUUUACUCAAUCACUUCAUACGGUGAUCGUCGCGAAAAUCAAAGUUGGCAAUGCUUCUAGCAAUCGACAUAUUUAAUAUGCUCCAGCAUCAAUAUAUCGCAGUGACCUUUGCGUGCGACAAAUUGACCUUUUUUGCAAACAAGACCACACAGCCAUCGCGCUACACUAUCCCAAAAUGUCAUCCCAAAGUUUAGUACGUCCCGGUUUGACGACGCCCUACGCCGGCAGCCUUCCCGAGAUAAAGUUACGCCUGCGAAAGAAAGUUCCCAAACUCACCGCAAACGAUAUCCGGCGGGCACGUAUUCCGUACUACGAAGCAAUAGCCAGUGAGCUGUACGAGGAAGGUUUAGUAAAUGCGGCCUUCCUUUUGCUGCAUCUGAUCGAGUACGAAGAUGCAAACGUUGGCCGAACGUCUUACGCGUCGGUAGAAAGUAGAAGGCUACGGAAUAGUGAAACGUUGCUAAACUAUUUGGGUGGUGCGCUCGCCAAUGCGGAAGGUAGCAAACGCGAUCAGCAGUACGAUCGGGAAGUAAGUGAACUGCUGGCAAUUGCACGCCAAUUGGAACCGGAUCACGAGAAACGAUGGUUAGCAAGGCAAUUCUUCAUGAUUGCGCUCGAUCGAUGUAUUGACUGUAGUUGUACGGCGCGUGUUAAGAUCCAAUCUUUGGUGAGAUAUUAUUUUGCAAAGUUUCAAAUCGAUCAGAAACGACAUCUAGAGGCCAUGAAGAUGUUGGAGCAAGCUGAUGCAGAGCUAGGAUCUCAGUGUGGCGCGGUCGAGGUGGAAGAUUGGAAAACGUUAGACGACAAUGGCGAACCGUUGUUGAUCGCCAUUAAUACUUUAUUGUUUGUGUGUAAUCGUAAGCUUGCGGAGGAAACGGUAGAGUCUCCAGCUUGGAUAGCAGAACAGUACAUACGGGACGCUCACAAGGCGGCACUGAAAACUUUCAAGACAUCCAUUAUGGCUGAAUCUUAUCAAGCUUAUGGGGAUUUCCUUGCUCGAAAAGGAAGCCAUGAGGAGGCACUGGAGAUGUACCGGAACGGAUUGCAACAGGCUGAGCUUCAUGGAGAAAUGCAGGAUCUUGCUUGUUCGGUUGGUUUAGCACAAGCAAUCUCAUACCAGAAGCUUGGUCAAAUGGUGAAAUGUGAUUCAAUGCUUCGACGUGUCGAUCGCAUGACGAAAUCCGAAGAACAGUCACUUAAUAGAGGACAUUACUAUCUGACAGCUGCCACCCUGCAGCAGGAAGACGCCAAGGCCGAUCCCGUACAGAUGGACCAGCUGAUGAAGCAGUUGCGUCUGGCUGUGAACAUUUUCGAGCAUUUUCGCCGGAUGGAUAAGUCACUCGAGGCACGCUGUCUCGAGGGGCUGUUGCGUGCCGAACCCAUGUUCAAGGAGUACGUCAACCUGCUCCCGCCAGCCAUUAGCACUUCCGACGAAGCACUGUAUCGUGUGAUCGAUUGGGUCGGUUUCUAGUUGUUCGUUCUGGAGGUGUUCAAGAAGAAGUUGUUGUCUAGCGAGACGGGAGGAUCGCCCAAGAUCUAUUGCGAUGUUGCAUCUUUUACGAUCUCUCACCGUCGUCUCUGUUGGGUAGUAAAAUUUUCUGUCCAUACCAAUUAAUUAAUCAAACAAGACUAACACCUGAAACAGCAGGGACACAGGGUUUGAAGUUUUUGGAGAAGAUUACUUAAUCCCUCAAAUACCAAAGUUUUUGGGUGAAAUGGUACUGGUUUUUUUAGCGUAUUUUCUUUCCUUUUUUGUUGGGCAAGUUCAUUCGCCCACCGAAUCGCAAUCUUCCACCUGAUACCCGUCUCCAGCUGGUGCGAUAACAUCAAAAUGUUUUAAAACUCGCCGGGGGUCAUCGAUCGAAACAGUUCGAGUUUUCCGUCCUGCUGAUGAAGAUCGUAUCGUGUAAUGUGUUCCCUUCCAUCAAAAAAAAAAAAAAAACCAAAAGCUUGCCUCCCACUUCGAACGUCAGGUAAGCGUCCGCGCGAGAGACUUUUGCAUCCUUAGCAACGUUGGUGGCAUUUCUAAGUUGUCUUUACUAUUCCAAUUAGCAUCGCCCCGGUCUCCCGGUGCCGGUUCGGAAUGAUUCCGCUUUUGCUAAUUUGUUCCCUCUUCUCUCUCGCUCUCUCGCUCUCCACCUAUUUCCCAAACACCUUCUGAUUGUCCCCGCUGAACUCAGAUCCUCUGUGCUUGAAGAUUAUGAUGAAGAUGACGAAGUUUAUGAUGAUGAUCACGAUAUGAUGGUUAGAAAUAAAAGGGAAUCGAAGAUGGUGAUGAAUCAAUUUGAA